AUGCGAAUGGCUGCUAGAACAACAUGUGCAAAGCCCAUCUCUGGCUGCUAUACGAUCCCAGGCUUUUGCGGAGUUGAUUACACCUGGGUCAAUCGAGAAAUCACUCUCUAUCCAGAUUCGCAUCGCCCUGUACAAUGCUUUAUUACCGACAGAGAUGACCCCCCUGAUGAAUCAUUUGACCCAUCUCAAAUUGAUCAACCAAAGCCAUUGCUUCAAGAUAUGAUUCAAGCCAUGAACAGUUGUCCUAUAUCCACUAUUGCAUUAUUGGAACAAGAAUUCGAUGACAUUGUCGACCACUUUUUUACAACUUCUGAGGAUGGAGGAAUACUCCUGUGGCCUGAUCAAAAUAUACUGGACAAGAUGGGCAAGGGAUAUUGGCACUUGGAAACUUCCAAAGAUCUCACGGGACUCUUGAAAGAAUGCAGGCCGAUCUUGGGCGCCGUACAUCCCAGGUUCAUGGUGCAGAUCACUUUUCUUAUCAGCUCACUGAUGCAGGCAAUUCUCCAAUUUCACCAUAAACGGGGCAACAUCACGUGGGACAGGUGCUACUCCCUUUUGUUUUCUGCAUGGACCCAUGCAUUGGCCUCUUGGCUAGAUAGGGCCGUGUUUGAGACAUGUGCUGCAGCGGACUCUGCCUCAGUGCGAGCAUUGGCGAAAUUGGUUGUUUGUUUGAUCGCCUGCAUGCACUCGGGUUUUGACAUGAUGAAUCGCCGUGAUCUAUUGGUACAAGAAAUCACAAAGCUGUGGUCCACUUACAAGGAUAUGCGAACCCUUUUCAUGGAUUCAUUUGGCCCUGAACGACAAUCACAGUUACAACAAGACCUCAAAAUGAUUCAAACGCUGCUAUUUGGAUGUCUUGCUACUACAUUAACUUGA